AUGAGGGACCACUCGAGGGCGCGGCAUCUUCACCUGGCUCUGGAGCUGUGCUUCGCACUUGGGCUGGCUUUGGAAUGCAGCCCUUCCGAGUUUUGCAGCUGCCAGGCUUCCUGCUCAAUCUGCGGCAUUCCUUUGUGGGAAACGCUGCCUGACUGCAGCGCUUCUCUGGAAGGGGACAUCACCUUCGACAUUAUGCGAAACACGACUGCCAGAGACAAGCUGGCGGCAGCUGUCGAUGCCGACUCCAUUGAGGCCACGUGCAGCCAACUCCACUGCGAGCUCGGAUGCUUACAGUACUGCCCGUCGCGGCGGGCUGACUUUGCGGCCGCGUGCAAAGCUCCGGACAGCUCUGUUCGAGAGACUUGUGGCAUUGACUGCGACGCGCCCCAGCUGCAGAGCGAGCGCGAGCUGGCUCUCUGCCUUGUGGGGCAGCUCAGGGGUGUUUGCAAGGCCGAUGACUUUUUCUCACUCUUCCAUGUGAUGCUUGCGGACUUCGUGAGCAUCGACGCAUUUCUCGUAUUUCCCAAUGCUUCCUGUUUGGAAGACAUUGCGACUUUUGAGGCUGCUGCCACAAAGUGGCACGGUGACUUGCGAGUUUUUGCCCGGUGUCAGCUGGACAGCUUGGACGAUCCAGCAGAGAUUCGGCUUAUGGAGUGGUUCAAAGGAAACCACUGGUGGGUGCAGCAUUGGUACAACAUGUCUCGGUGGCACAACAACGUGCUAUCGUUGAAGCAUGUGCAUUAUUGCGGACAAGAAGUGGCAAAGCAGUCCAAAGAGACUUCGUACCGCUUCGUUGCCCGGGUACGUCCGGAUGCGGAAUGGUUCCGUUUUCCAAGCAGACUCGAGUUGGAGGCUGUAGUUCCUGGGCAUAUCCUCACAAAUUUUGUGGCCAUGCCGAUACAAGGAGUUGCUGAGGAUUCCUUUGCAAUUGGAGCGCCGGAAGACAUGGCUGCUUAUUUCAGCUUGUACACCGACACGCUGCUCAACUUUGGCCGCCUGGACACGACAGAGGUGCCAUGGUGCAGCGUUCAUGCAACUUUGCGAACGACUGCUCACUGCCAGACUGUCUGGCCAGAAAACCUUUUGGAAGAACAUCUGAGACGGCAGAAAGGUCUUCAAGUUCAGAAGCGGAAAUCCAUAUGCUUCAACCGAAUUGCACCAUGCAUGCGGGGUCGCCAUCAUUAUUGCACUGAGUUCCAGAGACACGCCCGGGGGUAUUUAGAGAGCAAGCUGGAAGCCUUCCAGUUACUUGACCGAGACUUCUUCCUCACGGCCUCGGGGUCAUAUGCAGACUACGACACGGUAUUUGCCGCUCGGUUGGUGCAUUUUUUCCUCACAGAGGCGGCCCGACUUGGACACCCUCCACGUGUGAUUGACAUGGGGUGCGGCCGUGGAUCGUACGUAGAGGUCUUUCGUUCGUGGGGUAUUCCGGUCAUGGGUGUGGAUGGAAACGCGGUCAUCUUGCGCUCCAUCCAGGCCAAUGGCUUUUUAUGGGACCUCACGGAGCCCCUUGACCUGAGGAAGGCAUUUGGGCCCCAGGUCCAUACAUCAGAAGCUUGCGACUUCGAGUUCGACGAAGGAGGGGAUGGAGUUCGACGGCUGGGCCGACAGCUCGCUGCCUCCUCAAACUCCAAGCUUCGGCUCAGCAUAUUGAACCUCAUCCCGCAUCUCCUGUACACAGACUACUGGCCAUCGCGGCAUCCAGAAGGACAUCCGGAGGUCCCGAUCGACGAAGCCAUCGCCGUGGAGUAUCUGAAGGCUCUGUGCUGCGCGGAGCAGCGGUGCUUUGGCUUUACUUUCACAGAUGAUGGAGGAGUGCUCCUUGUGUGGCUGCGCGUGGAACCUGAGGAACUGGGGGAAGACCUGGUCAAUGCUGGGUUUCCAAUCUGGUACCAGGUCAAAAGCUCAUACUUCGUCGGCUCCGGGGCGGACGAAAGCCGGAUGUAUGAGAUUGAUGGGCCGUCCACCUAUCCGGAAUUCCAGCUGCAGUACUCUUUGAUGCAGGUGCAGUUCAGUACGGCUGACUGGGUGGUGUGCCUAGGACUUGGGGCAGAGAUUCCUAGGAUGAGGGAGCAUGUUGUGCUGACGAACAUUGUUCGGCAUGCUGAACAAGGUGUCAUCAUCAGCUGGGGGACCAAGGGGCGCAACUUGCGCAGCCAGGAUGAGGUGCUGCAACUGUUUCGGUCUCGUGGCUUCGCUCUAGAUAAGCCGCUGACAGACAUGCUGCAGCUCUUCUCUGGUCUGGCACAUGCACCAGAACGGUCAGAUCUCCUUGUCCUGCGCAGGGUGCAUGCAGAGUCGUUCCAUCCGGAUCUGCCACUGGAACUGAUCGACGAGUGGGGUGGUCUAGAGUGCCAAGAGGCAGGCGCUGAGCUCCGCCAUGGUCUGCAAGGGCAUGAAGAUUCGCAGUAUGGCCCCCUGGGUCGCGGUCGCAUGUGGGCGUCCGGGCACUGCGCUGGACUCUUUCGUGCAGGGCCGGAUGGUCUACCGAUAAUAUGCGGUGGACAUACGAAGCAGUGGCGCGAGUGUAUCUUGCCUGAUGAAGUUCCGGGCGUGCAAGGGCGCGCGAUCGAGAUGGACAGCAUUGAAGCCUCGGCUCUGUACGACAAGGCAGACCAUAUGGUUCCAAGAUCGGGCGUGUGGUUUGGUGAAGCUCGACUCAAUCUUGUCUUCUUCAAGGUCGCGAGGGCCCUUGCAGCUCCUGGCCGGGUGCACAGGCUGCAAAGUGCCUGGACGUGGCUUUGGACAACCAAGUGGGAAGUCUUGCUUAGCCAACCUCCGGAAGAGCACAGGGUCUUCCAUCCGUGGACCAAGUCUGUACAGCCCCACGUCCUGGUUUGGCAGCUAGGCCGAGUUGCCUUGGCCCUGCACCAGCUCUCGUGCCGAGUGCGUCGUCUCCAGGCUCCUGAGGCCAGGACACGGUCUUCGUGGCACCGCGUGCGCGCUCUCCUUCACGGCCUGGAGGUUCCGUCUUCGAACGAGGGGGUGCUGGACAUCAAAGGGGCCAUCCAGCCUGUCCGGGCGUUGCAAGCUGAGAUCCUCACGGCUCUCCGCGGGCCUCGGCAGCAGGACUUGGACGUGUCUGGCUCAUAUGGAGAGCGAGCAGCCUGGAGCGUGGCCGUGGAAGAGGCGCUCGGAGACGUGGUUUUCGGAGAUGAGAUCCUGCCGAGAUUGUGGCAGCUCUUCGGUGGAGAGGCGCCUUCAGGUUCCGGCGGGCUUGGACUCAUUCCCAGAAAGGCUGGGUGUGCAGAUCCAGUCUUUGAUGGGGUGGUGAAUGUCGCGGCGCUAUGGGACAAGGAGUCUGACGUGGGCUGGUACUUGUAUCGUCUGGCAGCAAUUGACCCGACUAUGUGA